CUAGGAUCACCAAAACAAUAGGUUGCUUCUUUGCAUCUUUUCGCCGACACACUUGUGUCUUAUGUCAGUUUGGGCCUCUGAUCGUGUAUAACUAUUUCGCCGUGUAUUAUUAUGCGCAAAGGAGAGUUCAUGUCUGGUAGACUGAAGCAGUUAUUCUAUUAAGCGUUCAUUGAAAGCGACUUAUUACAGUUUUACUGAUCGCCAGCAUGGCCUCCACAACAGCAGAAGCUUCUGUCCGUUUUCCAGAGAUACAGACACGGAGUAUAUAUGCUGGAAAAUACAAAGAUUGGACCCCCCAGUAUCGUGCGGCUGGGAAGCUGACAGCAACAGGAGACACUACAGAACUAUGUCUGAAACCAUCAGAUGACAGACCAGAAAGUGCAGAUGUCAUCAGGCGUUUCCGUGCCAGUGUGCAACCUGCUGCAGGUGCAAUGCGAGUGUUCUAUGGUAGAGCACGGGACCCUCAUCGACGAUGGGCAGGAGAGAUGACCCAUGGUGUCAGUACACGCCCUUCUUUUACAUCUGGAGAACUUGUUAAUCCACAUCCGAAAACAUUAUUCCAACAACGCCUUUCCGAUAGGAAAGAGAAUAUCUACGCAACACACAUCCGUGCUCCACUCGGAGUAUCACAUGAUCAGAGGCCUGGACUUCCGGCAAGAAUAAAUUCCCGCACUUUUACAUUCGGAAUCCCAACGGAACUGGAUAUCGGUGCCGGAGGCUUGAUAAACCCCAACAAGACUUAUGAAGAAGUAGAGAAAGAAAACACAGUUGGUCAUGAUCUGUACAUCAAAACCCAUGCUGACUUUGAGGUUGGAGAAAGAGUACAGCGAUGUUACACAGCUCCAAGCUUCAACUCGAAGAACAGAUUUGGAAUACCAACGCCUCAUGCCAAUGACGGGCGUCACGUAAGGCAGACACUGAAGUGGCUCCAUGAAACAGAGUCGGAGAAAGCGUCACAGGUCGUGUCCAAAAGAGUGGAUGAUUUCCGUGAGAGGACACAGCCUCAGUUGGGAAAGGUCCAUGACCCGAUCAAAGACACACUGAAAGUGCCGCCAGACCACACAUUUGGCAUCCUGCUGAAGCCAGAUGAGUAUGGCGCUGGUGACCUGAUACACAACCGUGCCCCUGGGUCAUACCUGCGGGGCAGCGACCGCCAGCAGGGCAUAGUUGCAGCAACUAGGCAUCAGCUCAAGAAGAUGAACUACCACAACUUCAACGAUCUACUUCACGCUUUUAAAUUCUAUGAUAAGGACCAGUCAGGGAAGAUCAACAUGGAGGAGCUGCGAGAGGCCUGCUUCCAGUUCAACCUGCCAGUAGAGCCGGAGCUGCUUGAGCAACUCAUGGACACCUGUGAUGUCAACAGGGAUGGUCAGAUUGACUACCUGGAAUUUUCCAACUUCCUCAACUGGAAAGACAAGAUGGACUCAGGAUAUGGAGAGAAGACAGGACGCCCUGCUGUGAGCGACAGUCAGGUGGUUGAGGACAAGGACCUGGUCCCCAAAUCUCCCCAGAGCCAGGAAAGCACCCCACGGAGGUUACAGAAACAGGUGGACAAGGCUAUUGGGGGACACAGGACCAGCGCCAGCAUGAUCAACGCUGUAGUUGGAGGUGUCAGCACACGAGAUUAUCGAACAUAUGGAGUUCCAACUAUCAGGACUGACCGCUCGGCGCCACGUAUCCGGCGCGUGGAUGACCGCACCAACUAUGGGGAUGAGUCCAAUGCUUUCGGCCUGCUCAACCCGUCCAUCUUCAGCCAGCAUGGUGUGUAUGAGAAGGACUUCCUCCUCCCCAGAAGCCAGCAUGAGGUACGUGAUAUCUUCACCCAGGUGGGAGUCCACAUGCCAGGGGAGACGUUCGAGAGUGUGUGGAAAUGUGCCGCAAGUAAGCACCCCAAGGGCCACGUCAGUCUGGAAGCUUUCAGGAAUGUGCUUGAUGAAAUACAGGCCGAACAAAUCCAAUCGGAAAAGCAUCCCAUGGCAAUCUAAAUUGACAAUUUUAAUGCAUCUUAUUUAUCUAUUUAUUACCAUAAAUUGAUUUAGAUGUUGAUGAAAACUUUAGUGAAUUAAAUAUAAGGUAUUUGGUAACAUACUUGAUAAUGCUCAUGUGCUAUAAUUAGAAGUCUGGUAAUGAACAUGCCAGUAUAUUUCAAGAAAUUAUUUUAUAUUUUAUUUGUUUAUCAGUAAUCAAUGUCGUAAAUAUUGUGCUCUGAUAAAAAACACAUGAACUGAUAAUACACUUUGACCCUUCAUGGUAAUAAUUAUACAUUUCUAUACCAUAAAUAUGUUCUAUAGCAAUACAACACUGAGAGACUAUCAAUGUGAUGGUUUCUGUACAACUUCAGUCAACAAAUGAAUGUUUCAAAUCAAAGAAUUUCUACAGUAUUUGCGAAGCGGCAGUAUUUAACACUUCCAUGGUGAUAGUUUUACAUUUGGAAGCUAUGAAUAUUUCAUUUCUAUACAACACCGAGAGAUUAUCAAUGUGGGACUUUCUAUUCAACUUCAGUCAACAAAUGAAUGCUUCAAAUCAAAGAAUGACUACAGUAUUUGCUAGAAUUCAGUAUUGAACCCUUCCAUGGUAACAACUAUACACUUGUGAACCACAAAUAUUUUAUUUGUGUACAAUUCAACACUGAGUGAUUAUUUCUUACAUGUUUUCAGUUUCAUCAGGAAAUGUAUUGUUAUAUCAAAUCAAAUAACAUCUUCUGUUUUUGCAGAGAUUCAGCAUCUAAACACUUCCAUGAUAAUAAUUAUACAUUUCUGAGCAGAACAUUCUAUUCCAAUUUAACACUGAGUGAUAAUUGAUAGGCAGUAGGGGUAGAUAAUUUUAGUACAAUUUUAGUCAAUGAUUUGUCCUGUUCAUAUGACAGACAUUUUAAACAGUAUUACAACAGACUUUAACAGCAUUUACUAGCAUUCAGCCUCACUGCUUAUGUGUGAAAAGCAUUUUCAAGCAAACUAUCAAAAUAACAUAUUUUGUGAUAUUUCACAUGGAGAGAGUGACUAUUUAUUAAUAUAAAUUGAAAUCUAGAUGUAACACUUGCAUUUUAAACUUGUAUUUAGUCACUUUGUCAUGACUGAAUUUCCUGAUUCCAACAGCCGAUAUGGCUGUUUUCUCUAUACAGCAUUCCAAUUACAGCAAACCAUCAAAAUGAUUAUAGUUAGAUCAUUUUUUUAUUUUGAUUGAUUAUCUGCCAGCAAAUCAAACUCCUUUCUAUAACCACAAUCAGAAUGUUCACUGGUCAAACUUCAUGUUCAUAAUGUUGAUGGGUAAAAAACAUGUGAAUUUGUUUUAGUCAUUUAAGUCAACAAUAUGUUAUUUUCAAAUCCUCAGGUAUGAAUCUAAGAUGCAUUAUGUAAUCGCAAACCUAAGUCAUUUUAACUGUUGGGCAAAAGAAAAGAAAACCCUUGUUUGAAAGUCGUUAAAAAUGAAACAAGAAAUAGUCAUUUGGUAUUGAUGUAUUUGAUAGGGCUAUAAUAUAUAGUUGUGAUUUUGACCUUAAGCUUGCAGUGUUUCAUCAAAUGUUUUCAACCUUAUAAGAUCUAGAUAAUAUUACAAAGGGAAGAAAGAGUAAGUAUAUAGUCUGAAAUGCUGUGUUCCUCUCAAUGCAGAAGUUGACAUACAUAAAUUUUCCUGCAUUAUGUGUAUCAUAUAAUAUUAUUUAAUUUUUUGGUCAAAUCCAAUUUUCAAUAGUAUACUUUCUUUUGCCUGACAGUAUGUCUAUAUUUACCAAAAUUUAGGUGAUAUAUUCUGAUAGAACCUAGAAAGAAUUUGUUCCCAUAUUAGCCUAGUAAGAUUGUAUUGUGAUGAUGAUGAUGAUGCGAUUUUGUAUCUGCAUCCGAAACAUAUUACGAGAAUUUGCCAUCAAACCUUGUACGAGACCCUCCAAAGUAUUACCUUACAACGAAAAUAUGAAGAGAAUUAUAAACACUAUAGUAUUACAACCCAGCUCAUGAACACGAGAAACUGAGUCUAGCAAGGUUUUCUUGUCUCAGAAACACAAUUUUACAACUGCACUUCAAUACUCUUAUCAGCACAAGUAUUUUUAUACUGAUUUGUUCCAGUACAUGUAUUUGUUAAAUAACAUUUGCCAUUAUGUAUAUUGUCAACCUGUUAUUUCACUACAGAUUUUCAUGGUUUUACACAUACAAUUUUUGUCAUUGUUACGUGCUAUUUCGCACAUGAUGAAGUUCAGACCAUCAUCAUCACUUUGAAUAGUUACAGAAGUGUAAAUACAAUCCUUUUAAUUAAGAAUAUAUAUGCUUCACAAUAGUAAUCAAAUUUUCAAUAUGACUGUAGUUAAUCUGUCAUGCCAAUUUGAGUAUUUCUUGAUUUCUUGAUACACCUUAUGUUGGUAUUUUGAAACUUAUGCCAUACAACACUGUGUUUUUCUCAUUAAGAUUUUGACUUAUUUGUUAUCUUCUCAAUCUGUCUAUAUCAAUGUGCAGCUAACUAGGAAUUAGUUUAUACCUAAUUUUGAAAUACAAAAUGUUUCAUAUGUAGAUAUAGGCAUAAGUCCUUACAGUAAUAUUUUGCUGAUUUGACAUAAUUGCAAGUGUGUAUUUGCAGCAUAGAUUUGUGCUUGCUCAGUAUUCAACAGCUUUAAUCUGACUUUGUUCUCAG